GCGGCGGCCGCACAGCUGGUGGAAAUCGGAAGCUGAGGGGUUCUAAGUUAGGGGUCGUCGGUAACAGGCUCGGCCGAUGGGCGAGUACCGGGCUCUGAGCAGGGCCGAAGCGCUGCAGCUCGCGCCGCCCGACUGGCAGCACGCUUGCCAUGCCCUCCUGUACGCACCUUGCCCCGGACGCCUCUUCGGGAAGUUCCCGCUGCGGUUCGCAGCGCUGAUGCAGAUGCGGUUCGAUGGGCGCCUGGGAUUUCCCGGUGGAUUUGUGGACCCGCAGGAUGUGUCUCUGGAGGAGGGUCUGAAUAGGGAGCUGCAUGAAGAGUUGGGCCCUGGCGCUGCCUCGCUGCGCAUGGCCGAGGACCACUACUUGAGCUCCCAUGCGCCCCAGGGGCCACGGCAAGUAGUGACGCACUUUUACGCCAAGCAGCUUAGCCUGGAGGAGCUCCGGACCCUAGAAGACGGGGCCACUCAGGCAAAGGAACACGGCUUAGAGGUGAUGGGGCUCAUCCGUGUCCCCCUCUAUACCCUGCACAAUGGCGUUGGGGGGCUCCCAGCUUUCCUUAGCAACACUUUCAUUGGCAAUUCCCGGGAGCAGCUGAUUCACGCCCUGGAUACUCUUCAGCUCGUGCCAGGAGAGCAACUUCAGAAGGCUGUUACCAUGAUUCAGAAGAGACCCUGAGUGUCAUUGGUUGUGGCUGCCACAUUCCAGCCUCUGACGGUUCUGUAACCGAAUUCCCCCAUGAACUUUGGACUCUUGAAUGGAGCAGACGUAGCGGAGAAAUCCAAGAAUGUGGGAAGAGAGUGGAAAUGGACCUUUCCCUCCCCCUACCUGAGGAGAAUGACUCAGUUCUGGUGAAUCUAGCCCUGAAAAGGAUUUAAGCAUCCAGAUAGUUGUGCGUUUAAAAUACUGAAGAUGGCUGCCUCACUUGGAUCAAGGGUUAAGAGAGUGAAGCAUCUGAUCUUCUCUGUGUGUGUAGAUAUAUAAGACACACACACACGGAUUCUUGCAUUUGGAGAAUGGCACUACAAAUAACACACUGAUUCAUCUGUGGUUUCUAUUUUUCCAUCUGUAAUUUCAAACCUUCUGCCUCUGAGUUCUAGUAUUUGUAUAUCAUGGAAGUCGGGGUUUCCCUCCCCACAAAAGCCCAUUGCACUUCCCUAUUGGUGUAUUAUUACUUUAUCAUUUCACAGCCGGAGUUUGCCUUUCUAAUCUUUUACUAGUGCUUGAAGAAUGGCUUAAGACAUUUUGUGGCUCUUGACUCCUAUAAUAUUUUUUAUUAGCUCAUAUGGAAGUGGUAAAUGGCCACUAGAGACAGUCAUUAUGUGUCUCCCUCCCACUGGUUUCUCUUUUUCCAAUUUUGAUGUUGAGGAUUGGAGUGGAGUGGAAAAGGAAUGGAAGAGCACAUAGAGAUAAGUGCUGUAUGUAUCCCAUAAUAAUAUCCAUGCAAGUGUAGAAUAUGGCAGUGGGACAGAACUCAGCCUCUGGAAGGUCUCUGCUAUCACUAGUUUUCAAAAACAAGUUUGUAACUUGUACUGAUGAGAAGGGGCUUACAAGUUUUCUUUUUAAAAAAUUAUUUUUAUUAAAGAUUUUCUUGGUUUACAAAA